AUGUCGGGAAUCGAGGUACUAGGGCUCAUUUCGAGCAUUAUCUCGGUGAUUGACGCCUCACUUGAAAUCUACAACGCCGUCAAGGAUGCAUCCGGGCUGCCAGCAUCCUUUCGCGACGUAGCAUCGCGGCUACCUGUUAUAAAGAUCACCAUCCGAAAAGCCAUAGACGAAUUCCACACAAACGAAUCUGACGAUUUUUACAAAGACAUGAAGCCGUCACUCGAGAUGUGCAAGGAAAAGGUCGAGGAGUUGGAGGGCAUAUUCCGCCAUGCCAUGCGUUCCAGCGAGGCGUCCCGAAUAGCGAAAUCACUCAAUGCCAUCAGAACAAUACGCAAAGCAGAGAGGGUCAUGUUGCUCAAGACAGGAAUCAUGGAGGACCUGCAAGUCUUGACAGCAAAUCAAACUAUCCGGACAGCAACGCGGGCACAGGUUCAAGAACUGUCAGAC